UCUUAAGAAGAAAAGAAUUAUUCACGAAUGAGGAGAAUAUUACAAGGAAAUAUAUAACACAAGAGAGAUCGAGUGGCAAAGGUGUCCGACAGGAAAAAAAAAAUUUCUUCUACUAUGCGACGCAUAAUUCUUAUGUAGAAGUAAAUUUUCUUAUCUGAAUUGUUAACUAGUUUUAAAGUUUUCGUCGAAGAAAUAGUUUAUUUCUGUUAUGCGUUCAAUUUGUUAAAUUAUUUUUUCAAAAGAGGAAAAAUUUUUUCUAUUCUAUUUUAAUAUCUCUUCCCUCAUCAAUGUAUACAAAGAAUAGAUUUAUUAAUUAUCUAUUUAAAAAAAAAAAAAAUGUCACGAUUUUUUACAUCACAAUUAGUACGAAUUUUUUAUUUUCUUCUAAUAUGUGGAGGAAUUUACAUAAUUUUAAAAUUUCUUCUACUCAGUAGAAAACAAGAAAAUUUAGUAAUUUCUGAUUUAAAAAAUUUACAACAAUUCAUUAAUCAAAUUGAAGAAACUAACGUUCAACGAAUUACACUUGUGAAAAAAAUUUGCGAAAAAUAUAAUUUAGAUUUUUAUGACAAAAGAAAAAACAUAUCUAAACAUCCAUCAAGUAUUCAGUAUAAGGUUUUUUACAUAGAAAGAUCACAUAAUAUUUCCCUCUGUCCAAUAUACAAAUCAGGAAGCACAACAUGGAUACAUAAUUUAUGUUCCUUAAUGGGUAUUUCGGAAGAUGAGCUUCUCAGUGGAAAAGAAUUAAUGUCUACAAUAGCAAGAAGAGUAAUUCCAAGAUUAGAUUAUCCAGAAGCCGAAAAGGCAAUGAAAGAAACAAUAAAACUCAUGGUUGUACGACAUCCAUUCGAAAGAUUAUUAAGUGCCUAUAGAGAUAAAUUAGAAAAUACUUUAGCUGGAAGGGAAAAUUUUCAAAAAGAAUAUGGAACAAUAAUUGUACAAAAAUAUCGAGAUAAAAAUUUCCCUUCUAUACGAGAAAAUCAAGUAAUAAGGAUGAAAGAAACACCUGGACCGGCAGGUAUUGAACCUACAUUUCGAGAAUUUAUUGACUAUUUAAUUAAUACUGAUCUUGGCAGUUAUCACAGUGACGAUCACUGGAUUCCAUAUUAUCAAUAUUGCACUCCAUGUUUACUUAAUUACGACUUUAUCAACAAGGUUGAAACACUUUGGCAAGAUCAAUUAUUUACAAUUCAUAAAUUGAAACUAAAUAAUAAAAUUAAGCCACACUGGAGAAACAAUUAUGGACAAUCAAAUGCAUCAAGAAUUUAUUACAGUCAAUUAAAUAAAAAUAUGAUUUACAAACUCUACAAAAAAUUUCAACUUGAUUUUGAAUUAUUUGACUAUUCGCCUGAUGAAUAUUUCAAUUAUGCAACAUCUCAAUUAUAAACAUUUUUAAAUAUCAUUUCUCAUCUAAAAGAUUUCUCUCUAUUAUUGUUAAAAAAAAAUGUAAUCAUUAAUAAAAAAAAAAUAAAUCCUA